UUAGAUAAUCUCUUUAACUGCAAACAAAUGAAUGUUUAGGUUAUCGUGAAAGUAAACACCAUUUAAGGUCAACUUUCAUUAUAAGUUUGAUUAUAAGCAUACUUUCAUCAUGUGAUUGAUAACCACCGAUUUAAAAGCACUUGCCGCGACGAGUUCAUAUCAAUACAAAAUAACACUUGUCUGCGUAUCCAACGAAAAGCAGCAAGAUGUUUUCACUGCUAUUCUUAAUAUUGUGCGUAUUCCUGCUGGGCUGGUUCUUCUUCAAGCAGUCCUUCAGUUAUUGGCAACGACGCGGCUUGCAGACGUAUCCAGGCGCAAAGUUUCCCUUCGGACACUAUACGAAUCCAUACGAUAAAAAUGCGACCAAUAUGGGCAUCAUGUUCAAGAAAUUCUACGACUAUUUCCGCGAGAAGAACAUCAAACACGCCGGAAUUUACCUGAUGACCACGCCGGUGUACAUGCCUAUGGAUUUGGACAUCCUUAAAGAAGUGAUAACGAAACAUUUUGAUCAUUUUGAUGAGCGCGGCAUGUUCUACAAUGAGAAACUCCAGCCGGUCACAGCGCAUCUUUUCCAACUUGGCGGAGCGCGCUGGAGGCGUUUGAGAGUUAAACUUACGCCGACGUUCACCUCCGGAAAAAUGAAAAUGAUGUUUCCCGCUGUUGUGGAGUGUACUAAGCCGCUUCUUGAGUCGGUAGAAGGCAAUAAAACCGUUAACAUGAAAGAGAUUUGUGCGAAAUUCACAAUUAACGUGAUUGGUUCCUGUGCAUUCGGUAUCGAGUGCAACAGUUAUAAAAACACCGAAUUCCACUAUUAUGGCACACGAGUUUUCAAAACAGACACAAAACGAGCGCUUUCGAGGAACAUUCAACUAAUCUAUCCGAAAAUCGCGACUUGGUUGAGCUUGCUACCGUUCCCACAGGAAGUUGUCGAUUUCUUCAUGAAUAUGAUCACGGAAACGGUAAAGAUGCGCGAGGAAAGUGGUCAGACACGCAACGAUUUCAUCCAGUUACUGAUCGAGUUGAAAAACAAAGAAAACAAAGAAGAAGCGCUUACAAUGAUGGAGGUCCUAGCAGAAGGUUGGUUGUUCUUCAACGCUGGAUUUGAAACUUCUUCCACCACAAUGAGCUUCGCUGUUUUCGAAAUCUCCCGAAGUGAGGAAAUCCAAAACAAAGCGCGCGAGGAGGCAAGACGCGUGCUUGCGAAACACGGCGGCGAAUGGACCUAUGAAGCUAUGAUGGAGUUGAAGUACAUUCAACAAAUUAUUGACGAAACCCUCCGGAGGUAUCCACCGGUGACAAUUCUAAAUCGUGAGUGCAGCAGGGACUUCAAAAUUGACAAUACCAUCAUCGCUAAAGGCACAAAAGUCUUUAUUCCUACUUAUGGCAUUCACAUGGAUCCAAAAUACUAUCCCAACCCAACUGAAUUCGACCCAGAGCGUUUCACAGAGGAAGCAAAACGCGCGAGGCAUCCGUUUGCAUAUCUACCCUUCGGUGAAGGACCAAGGAUGUGUAUAGGUAUGCGUUUCGCGUUGAUGCAAAUACGUGUCGGUAUCGCGCAGCUGCUUCUGCACAAUCGCCUCGUGGCAGACCCGAGCGUGAAAGUACCUUUAACAUUCGACAAAGGAUUCAUGUUGUCCGCCAAUGAACUCCUCAUGAUUCAAUGUCAAAAAAUUUAAUCACUUAGAAAAGUUAAGUCAAUUCAUCUAAAGAUUCGACACGUAUGUGAUACACACAAUUUGGUGAGUCGAACGAGAAAGGAUCGAGACACACACAAACACCUUAUUCGUCCUUCUUUUCUUCGAGUGGAUACUUCACAUCCAACAGCUCUAUGCAUGCGAGCGUCGCCGCACGUUUCUUCGCAUCUUUUUUGCUUUGGCCUAAUUUUAUACAAUCCAAGUAAAUAAACAAGUUUUUAAUGUA